UGGGGGCCAAAGUGGGGAGUGAGCAGGAUCCCAAAAACCUUUCUUUUUUUUUUGGCCAAACACUGCCCUGGCAGUAUUACCCCUUUUCUUCUGAGUACUCCAUCCUUUCAUUGGGGUUUUACAUCUCUCUUUAGCACAACAUCUUCUGGUAUGUAAAGCUGUCUCUUUAAGUUGAAGCCUUGGACAAGGAUGCCAACAGUUCACAAACAAAUACUGCUUAAUUUGGGGGAAUUCUUGUGUGCCAGUGCUAAUAGUGGGAAUGCCUGAGAAAAAGUGAACAAGUGCAGCUCCCGUGGCAGGGACGGAGUGCAGGAUUAUGUUGGCUGCAACGAUCACAGCAGCGUUGAUCUAUUUUAUGGUGCAAAGCUCUGGAGCCUUGGCCCUCGGCACAGCAUGUUGGGAUGAACGCCUGUCACGAGCAGGGAGAAACAACAGCUGUGUGGCUUCACAGCCCUUCCUGAUAUUCGGCCAUGGUAAAGCCAUUCAUCGGAUGGACCUCAAUGGGAAGAACCACAGGCGGCUUGUGGCUGGGGUGGGAAGCUCGAUCCUGCUCGACUUUAAUUUCGGAGAGGAGAGCGUUUACUGGGCAGACAGACACACCGGGGUCAUCUACAAAGCAUCAGUGAGAGGAGCACACAGACAGAAACUGUACUCGUCUGACAAACAUAUCUCGGGCCUCGCAGUGGACUGGAUUUGGAACCGUGUUUACUGGACAAGUGGAGAAAAGGGAAAAAUCAAGACAAUGGAUAUAAAUGGGAAAAAUGAAAGGACACUUUUAAGACACUUAAACCAACCAAGUUUGAUAAACGUUGACCCCAAUAACAGGUUUCUUUUUUGGCUGUCUGGUGGGAUAACUCCGAGUAUCCAGCGGUCUGAUGUGACAGGACAGAUGAAAACAACACUUAUCAAAAUAGCAGAACAACUGGAAGCGCUGUCGAUUGACAGAGUAGACAAACGACUCUUCUGGGUUCAGUUUGGUCUGCAAGGAGAAAGUGCCAUCGGCUCUUGUGAUUACAACGGGAACGUCCUGCACAUCAUAGAUCAGCCCUUUCGGUCUCAUUCACUGGGGAUAUCACUUUUUCGGGAGCACUUGUACUACACUGAUGCUGCAUCUCGGGUUAUCAAAGAAGUAAACAAGUACACUGGUGGAGAGCCGAUAAAUGUUAACAAAAAACAAAUGGCAAAACCUGCGGUCACUAUCAAAGUGGUACAUCCCCUCAACCAGCCAAUGGCAGACUCCCAGUCGACAUUUCCAGGUUGUGACGAACAGAGUGGAAACUGUGUGAAUGUGUGUUCCAAUCUAGCCGAGCAAGGGACUUGCCAGUGCAGUGAAGGCUUUGCUCUCAGUAAGCAAGGCACUUAUUGUGAAGACGUAAACGAAUGUGCCCAUUGGAACCACGGCUGCUCUCUUGGUUGUGAAAACAUCCCAGGCUCCUAUUUCUGCACCUGCCCUAAAGGAUAUGCCCUCCUACCGGACAGGAAGACGUGUGGAGAGAUCGUACCCUGUGAAAGCAAUAUGACCAAGUGCGGCCACGGAUGCCUGACAACAGAGGAGGGUGCUGUCUGUGUGUGUCCUGAAGGAUCUUUACUGCAGGAGGAUGGACAAGCCUGCACUGGCUGUUUGUCUGCAGACAGAGGGGGUUGCAGCCAGCUCUGUACUUCUGUCACCCCUAGUAGGUGGCAGUGUAGUUGUCUGCCUGGCUACCAGCUCCACCAAGAUGGCAAGCGCUGCGUUGCCUCUGGACCACCACCUUAUCUACUAGUUGCCAAUCUAGUGGAUGUACGACAAAUUAAUCCUGAUGGCACUGGGGAUCAAACACUCGUGGAGGAGCCCAGAGGAACAAUCAUAGCUUUGGACUAUGACCCCGUCCAGAAAAAAGCGUACUUUGCCAGUACAAGCCAGAAGACAAUUGGGCGGGUUGAUCUGAACAAUGGGUCAAGAGAUGUUCUUGUCUCUGAUGGUUUGGGCUCUCCAGAAGGACUGGCGAUUGACUGGGUCCACCGCAAGAUGUACUGGACAGAUAAAAGCCAGUCAACUGUUGACUGCAGCACCUUAGUUGGACUGAACCGAGAAACCAUUGUGAGCAAAGGGCUGGAAAAGCCAAGAGGAAUCGCAGUCCAUCCUUUGGCAAAGAAGUUGUUCUGGACUGAUAUCGGGGCCCAGCCUGUCGUGGAGAGUGCCUCUCUGGAAGGGAAAGACCGUGCUGUCAUUGCAAGCACUAACCUUGUAUCGCCAAGCGGCCUGACGAUUGAUUUCACAGAGGAUCGUCUGUUCUGGUGCGAUCAGAGGAGGGGCGUGGUAGAGACUGCUGCUCUGGAUGGUUCAGGUCGACAGGUCCUGUUAGAGAACCAAGUAGGUCGACCUUUUGACCUCGCAGUAUUUGAGGACACGUUGUGGAUAUCUGAUUGGGAGCACCAGCAGCUGAGGAGCGUACACAAGUGGACUGGGAAAAAACUGCAACGUAUCCAUGGCAACAUGGUCCAACCAGCAUCCAUUGUGGUGGUUCAUCCCCUUGCUAAGCCAGGGGCAGACGUUUGCCUGCACCUGAAUGGAGGCUGUGCCCAGGUGUGUGAGAGCAAACUGGGAUUCGCCCACUGCUCCUGUCUGUCGCGCUACGUCCUAUCAGCUGAUGGAAAAAGCUGCUUGCCUGCCAAUGCUACAAAUGGAACAGCAGAAUCUGGAGAAAGUGAAUCCACAGAUUUAACGUCUCUCAAAAACAAAACCUUCAAUGAUGAGAGCACACCCCUGACGACACCUGGGCUGUCAGCUGAUGAAGCAGAUGCUAAUCCAGACUCGGCUGCAGGCAGUGAGCCAACUCUUUUCACAGACAAGAUGGUUUCAGACCAGAAUGAGUGUUACUCACUUCGCUGUGAUGUAAAUGCACAGUGCCUGCUGACUGCUGGCAGCCCAACCUGUCUGUGUCUGGAGGGUUUUACAGGUGAUGGACAGUUGUGUGUGGCAAUGAAGACCACUUCAACAUGGGUGACGACCGGUAGCCCUGCUGUUGUCACCACCCGGCACCACAACAGUAACUCAGCAGAGAGUUGCCCCUCUAGUCAUGAAUCCUACUGUCUGUACGAGGGUGUCUGCUUCUACUUUCCUGAAAUGGAGUCCUAUGCUUGCAACUGUGUAUCAGGCUACAUGGGGGAGCGCUGUCAGUUCAGUGACCUGGAGUGGUGGGAGCUUCAACAAGCUGAGGAGGAGAAGAGGAGGAACGUGGUCAUUGCGGCCUGCAUGGUGGUCCUCGUUUCCCUGCUCUCCAUCGCUGCCUGUGUCACCUACUGCUUCGGAACCAGAAGAUUCUUCCGCAAACAGCCCUCAGUGGAUAAUGUGAGUGAGACCAGCGUGACAGAUGAGAGCAUGUCAGAGACCACUACUGCCAGCGUGCCUCGGUUCUACAUGGUGGCAGAAAAUGGUGUGGAGGGAAUGGUCGUCCCUCCCAUGGGCUGUCCCAGGAGAGCUGUCUGUCCAUCCUGCUCUUCAGAAACUGGUGACACCCCUGCGUCUGAAGACCAAUGUCCAGAACACUGGAACACUGAAACACUGUCCCAACACAACAGAGGGUACGAGUGCUCCAUGAUGUCAGCUGCUGCCAUGGAGACCACCCAACCCACUGUCUGUCACUCAAGCCCAUCACUGUCACGCUCAUAUACUUGCACGACUUUCAAGCCACCACUGCUCUCCCAGCCCCUGAGCCCAGAGUCCCCUGUCUCCCCUGCGUCCUAGUUUACCACAGAGACCGACACAGCUGUACAGUUAACACGCACACAUACUGUAACAUCUGGCUGAUGUACAAACUGCAAAUUCAGAGUUUCAUUCCAAAAAGAAAUACCUCAUAAACGAAAGAAAUGUCACGGAAGCUGUUUUCUAUAACACGCACAACUUGUUAAUGCCACACCAGUUUGUGAAAGCUACAUUAAACGCAGGUUUCUGGUGCCGUUACCCGGGAUAAACAAUUUGGUGCACGGAAAAUGAUUCACAUUAUAAGAUUUAGAGACAGCAAUUUCUUUGAGACAGGAAAAAAAAUCAUGGGCUACUCAGCAUGACAAAGGAAAGAGCACCAUGUGCAGAAAGUGAAACUGCACCAAAAGUGAUGCAAGGUUAAAGGAAACUGAAGUUAACACACAAGAAUGCUAAGUUAACUGAAGUGUAGUGCAAAAACCUGACAGCAAAGACCUAGAAAAAAUUCAAUAAGUAAAAAUUAAAUUCUUCCUUAAGACUGUAGCUGACAAUGUCAUGUAAAACACAUAUGAACAGCAUGUGAAAAAGUUGCAAAGUAGAUCUAAAGCUUAUUAUCAAGUGUCGCAAAAGCUAAUGUUGGCAAAAAUAUCUAAAACAUAUCACACAUGCAAACUGAGUAACAAGCACGAACAAAGACGAUAAAAAUCUUGUGAUAAUCUUGUCAUGAAAAACUGCUUCCACUGCUUGCUUUUGAACACAAAUUAAAGAAUCAUUACCGCUUGUAAAGUUGUCAUGGGCCAUCUAACAAAAACAACUUGGUUUCUGUUUAUCUACAAUAAAAACUACAACCUCAAUUCACCUUUUAUCUUAAAGUCAAGUCAAUUUGUUUAGAUAGCUCUAAGUACAAGUUUUGCUUGUUUCAGUCACAACAUGAAUUUGCUUUGCUCAGGAUGAGUUUGCCUGCAAGAAUAGUUAUAAUCUGUAUUGUAAAUAUGAACAUGUAUUUCAGCUACCACUGAAUAAUUGACCUCAACCCCUAAAAAGUUUUCAAUCCUCAAAUCGAAUGUUCUGAGUGUGGUUUGUGCAGCCUUUUCACUAAAGCUAACAAUGUUUCUUGCAUGAGCACUGAUGUGGCUGAAUAAACUUUAAGCUCCCAUUACAACAAAUUUCCCCCAAUUAUCAAUUACCUGGACACCAUUCUCAAAUUGCUCAGAUUAAGCAGGUGCAGGAGAGCAUGAGAAUAGAAUAGCUGCUUGCUUGCGUUAUAAAGGGAUGUAUUUUGUUAUGCUAAGAAAUCACUUUUGUGUUUUCCCAUUUGUACUUCAUUUCAUGGGAUAGCUGUAUGUGAGGGCUCUAAGGGUGCUGUAUUAAAAACUCUACAUGGGGCUUUGUUGGUCGCAGUGUGACAUCUGACUCAACUAAUAUUCAACACUACCUUUAAAUUCAGUGUCAAGCUAAGUGGAAAAAUAUGUUGCUCAUCUUGGCGACCAGCUCAAAUCAAUAAAAUGUGAUGUAAACCAUAUAAAACCUGCCUGAUAAUAUUUAACCGAGCACGACAGCUAGUACGUCAGAGCAUAAACAGAUCUCAGCUAACUCAACUAACCUGACAACUGUGAUACUGUUAGCAAACUGUAUAUUCAUUUUUAUACAAAAAAUCUGUUUACUUGUGCCGGAGCUCCAUUUAUAUCUAUGCUUUUAGAAAUAAGGUGAAGGUACAUUAAGCUAAAUUGACGACUAACUGAUGAUCUGAACUGGAUAGCUAAGUUUGGAAAGGGAAGGUAUCUUGUUAUUGAUUUCUAUCUCAUUUCUUGGCAGUAUGUGUUUUAAUAUCUAAACAAUCACAACAAGGAUAAGAGGCUAUUUAUUUGGAAACGCAGCAUUUUUAUUCACACUGUAUUCAACUGAGAUUGUGUAUUUCUGUGAGACCUGAUGUACUAUAACUGGAAUUACAAAAAUGCAAGAUGAAGCUUGUUUUUAUAACCAUCAAUAAAACUAUA